AUGUCAUCAAUCAUAAAAUUUGAACUAAAGGACCUUCGAAAACUAGCAAAUGAUAAAAAUUCUUGUGUAAUUGAAAAGAAAGUGACCCAAAAUAUUCCAUUACAGCCAUGGUGUCUGGGUAAUUUGAAGGAAUCGGUAAAAAAUCUUUUAGAUUAUAAAAUUGGAAAAUUUGACAAAGAAUUUAAUGGAAUAUUAUUAAGUUACAAAAAUUUACGUAUAUUACAAAAUGUAGGAGCAAUCAGGAAUGACAAUUCAGAUAUACAGUUCCAAAUACAAGCAGAUUAUUUUAUUUUUUGUCCAUAUGUUGGAGCUACAUUAAGAGGCAUUGUAUACCAAAAGAAUAUUACACAUUUAGGGGUACUAGUGCAUAGAGUAUUUAAUGUGGUUAUCCCACGGCCAACCGAAGAGCCUGGAAGUGAAUGGAUAGGAACAAACAUUGUAGAGGGCCAGCAAGUUAUCUUUCAAAUAGCUGCUUUGGACCUAUAUGGUGCUCUUCCAUAUAUUAGAGGAAAAAUUGAUGAAAGAUGGUUUAAAAACUUUGAAGUCAAUGGAGAGGAGGAGGAAAUUGAUGCAAAAAACAUAAGCCCUCUGAAUGUUUCUUAUGUUAACUUUGACAAAACAAAACCCAUGCAAAAACAAAUUGGUGACGGACCAGGCACAUCCACAAAAAAGUCAUUGGUAAAUGCUCAAGGAAUAAAUAAUUCAAUGAAUGGUCAAAAUGGUGAUGAUGCUGAAUUGAGCAUGGCUCCUACAAAAAGCAGAACUAAAAAAGAAACUAAACUCUUAGACAAUGAGACCAAACAUUCUGAGCCCAAAUCAAGACCUUCAAAAAAACAUAAGAAAGAUGGGUAG